GUCAUUGACAAAGCGUCGACGCCCAGACUCACAACGGCGGUGGUUUGUUUUUGAGGAGAGUGAGGUUAUUAAUAUUAUUUACCGUGUAAAUUAAAUUACCCGGUAUUAUUACGUGACUUUAUUUUCCAGAUAUCAUCUAUGUCAUUUAAAAGGGAAGGCAAUGACGCGAGUCAACUUAACGUCCUCAAGAAACGUAGAGUGGCCGAACUCCUUUCUCAUUUCAUCCCAGAAGAUGAGGCCGCUUUGCUUAAGAACGGAGGGUACACCUGCUUGGUUUGUUCCUACCGUCCUGUCUUUGACACAGUGGACAUGCUGACCGUCCACAGGGCUGGCAAGAGACACCUGGAGGUUCCUCUCUCAAUGCUCGUAGGUUUGAAAUGGUUUUAUGGCAAGAAACGGGGCUUUGAAAACGAAGUUGCUAAACGGAGACAUCAAGACUACGUUAAAGCAGAAGAGGAAGGCAGGCAGGAGGUUCCUGGUCCUGCUCCCUUAUUGGUUCGGACGCGUAGGAUUACCCAUCAUGCUCUGCUGAAAUCCGCCCCUUACAACAGCUGUCACCAGAAGUCGUCCAGGUUUUCAGACGAUCCUCCCACGGAUGACUGCGGACCGACUGCUAGGAACCACAAACCACAGCCCGUGACAGAGGGGACCUCCGGCGUGGACGCCGCGUCGGUGACAUCACUUCCUGGACACAGCGUCAGCCAAUCGGAUCAGAACAGCAGGAAGGGCAAGGGGAAAACGAAGAAGUCCCGGCCCGCUGGUCCUGCAGAACCGGAUCCCGGGGCAGUGGAGCGGCGCAGAGAGCUGGAGCACUACCUCAAGCUGAAGAGCUCCGGCUGGAUCCAGGACCGGGGUGGGGAGUGGGUGAAGGACGAGAACGUGGAAUUCGACUCUGAUGAGGAGACCCCCCUCCCUGCUUCCUGAACCCCCUCCAAUCGGGUUUCCAUCCCUCCUGACGUCUUCUCCGUAGAAGUUUUGAAAUUGUAUUUUUUUUUUUUUUU